GGGGAGUGUGUGUGUGUGUGAGAGAGAGACACACACAACGCACACACACAGCUGAUCAUCUACAGAAGGCACUUUGAGGAAAUCUUGAUCUGGCUUUGGACUGUGUGUUUUUGCCUGAUACUGGCCCUUUCCAGACUCUAACAGAAGCUGCUACACAGGGACACAGGCCGAUGGCGCAAAGGUAUGACGAAAUCUCACAUUACGGUGGUAUGGACGGAGUAGGGAUACCGACAACAAUGUAUGGUGACCCUCACGCCCCCAGGUCUCUGCAACCUGUGCACCAUCUCAACCACGGGCCACCGCUGCACAGCCACCAAUAUCCGCACACUAACCACGCUAAUACCAUGCCACCAAACAUGGGCUCCUCGGUAAACGAUGCAUUAAAGAGAGAUAAAGACUCGAUUUACGGACAUCCGCUGUUCCCACUUUUAGCACUAAUUUUUGAGAAAUGUGAAUUAGCAACAUGUACUCCUCGCGAACCGGGGGUAGCUGGUGGUGAUGUCUGUUCAUCAGAAUCUUUCAACGAAGACAUAGCAGUUUUCGCUAAGCAGAUUCGAGCAGAAAAACCUCUAUUUUCCUCCAACCCUGAGCUGGAUAAUUUGAUGAUUCAAGCCAUACAAGUGUUAAGGUUUCACCUUUUGGAGUUAGAGAAGGUGCACGAAUUAUGUGACAAUUUUUGCCACCGGUACAUCAGUUGCUUGAAAGGGAAAAUGCCCAUUGACCUAGUCAUUGAUGAGAGGGAAGGCGGUUCCAAAUCGGACAACGAGGAAAUCACCAGGUCUUCAUCAGUUAAUAUCACAGAUCAGACCUGGAACAGGGAUCACGAUGACACUGCAUCAACACAUUCGGGUGGCACACCUGGCCCCUCCAGUGGGGGCCACACAUCACACAGUGGUGAUAACAGCAGUGAACCAGGUGAUGGCUUGGACAACAGUGUAGCUUCACCAAGCACGGGAGAUGAUGACGACCCGGACAAGGAUAAAAAACGACAGAAAAAGCGAGGGAUCUUCCCAAAGGUAGCCACAAACAUCAUGCGAGCAUGGUUGUUCCAACAUCUAACACAUCCUUACCCAUCAGAAGAGCAGAAGAAGCAGCUGGCUCAAGAUACAGGGCUUACAAUUUUACAAGUGAACAACUGGUUUAUAAAUGCCAGGAGAAGGAUAGUCCAGCCUAUGAUUGACCAAUCUAAUCGAGCAGGCAAGUCCCCAAUAGUAACUGUAUUCAAGUCACACAGGCGAAAAUCAUCCUCAAGCCAUUCACUGGGAGAGCCAUUAACUGUGAGCCAAGGUGCACCCUACAACCCAGACGGUCAGCCGAUGGGAGGUUUUGUGAUGGACGGACAGCAGCAUAUGGGUAUCCGGCCCCCUGGUUUGCAAGGUAUGCCAGGAGAUUAUGUAUCACAGGGUGGUCCAAUGGGUAUGAGCAUGGGACAGCCAAGUUACACCCCUCCCCAGAUGCCCCCUCACCCUGCCCAACUACGACACGGACCUCCCAUGCAUUCGUACAUUCCUGGACACCCCCACCACCCAGCAAUGAUGUUGCAUGGAGGACCACCAGCCCAUCCUGGGAUGUCAAUGUCAGCAUCUAGCCCCACAAUGCUCAACCCUGGUGACCCAACAAUGGGAGGACAAGUCAUGGACAUCCAUGCUCAAUAGCUGAAGGGAAAUAGCAUGCACCCAUGGUGGGCUUGCGAUCAAACACUGAUUAGAAAGCAGUGAGACGGGAUCUAUGUUCUUCACAUCAGCUGUGGACCAAUCUGAAACAACAUCUUUCACAGGGAUCCUGAAACCAGGCAACGUCUUGUGAGCAUCAACUCCUGGGGACUUGACAUUCUGUUAAAUGCUAUUGUAGAAUCACAUAGGAUGAUGAGAGAGAGAGAGAGAAGACUUUUAAUUAUAACUUGUACAUGGUAUUGUACUGUCCCUAUAAUAUGGUGUUUCUUAUAGAUUAAAAAAUAACUAUGUGAACUUUCUUCCACACUAUGUGUGUUGUUUCCAAGGCCCCAAUCCUCCUCCAUGAGCCUCCUUAGUGCAAACACAGCCUUACAAUUGUCCUGCAAAUGACUGAGAACUGUUAUUGUCAUGAUUUUUCACACACACACACAAAGUAUAUGGGGCGGAAGACUGCCUUCCCAGAAUUCGAACUAGGCAGUCUCUAGCCUAGGGCUUGAAUUUGCAUGUCCAAUUCAUUUACUCACCAUAUUUGAAUUGACCUGAACAGAUGUAAAUCGGGUAGGAAGGGAAAGCUGCAGCUAUCAACAGGGAUCAAUCAGCUGUUACUGACAGUGUGUUAAGGAGAGUGGGGUAGCAGGAAUUUACAAGAGAGAGAGGCCGUUCCAACAAUGCAGGAUCCGCCACAUUCUGUGAGAUGCAAUUUAAAACCAUCCAGGACUGGUUGAAGAGUUCUUUUUUCCCUCUGUCUCCGCGAGUCUGUUUACACCCUUUGUUUUGAUUUUGUUACUUUGUCCCUUCUUUCUAAACAACAACAAAAGAGCAUCAGCAACAUCGUCCUGCGUGUUACUCGUUUUAAAGCGAUCAAACCGGAAGAAUUUAUGUACACCUUGUAAAUAGAAAACGAUUCUUUUUUGUUGUGCAAAAGAAAAACGAGAGAGAAAAAAAAAGGACUGGAAAUAAUUAAAUGUAUUAUUGCAAUUUUUUUUGUAAAAGUAGCAGUUUGGUAUGAGAUGGCAUGCAUAAGAUUUACUAAGUGGGAUGAGUUAAUGCCUUUCAUCGUGGUUUGAACAGAUGCUUGUGGACAGCAGUUUUUUUUCGCUAUCGGAGGAAGCAAGGGGCAAGUGAAAAUCGCACACAGUCUUAUUCUGAUAGAAACGGUUCGGAUUGUAAAAUAACUGAGUCAGUUGUAGUAGUUUUCCUUAAGAUGUGUGCGGUCAUGAAAUCUGAAUAUAAAAUAAAAAUUAUUUUUGCCAUGCUGA